AUGGAACCAUACAUCCUUCCCUUUACGACGCCGGAUAAUGUGACAUCUACUGAGGUGGAAUACCCAUUUUUUAUACAUUCUUGCAGUAUUUCACUUUUGUUAACCAGUCUGAUUAGCUGUUUAGACAGAAAUGAUGCUCAAUGUGGUGUAUUGAUUUGUCCUGAGAAGGACAUGAGAAGUAUCGAGGAGACCAUCAUAAAAGAAGAAGGAGCUUUUGACACGUUGUUUUUGGAUUCUUCUAAUUCAAUUGGAUACCUUCAGUACCUCGACAAAAUAGAAAUUUUACCAUUGCAGAAUGCGAAAUCUUUAAGCGACGUAAUCAAUCAAGCAGCUAAUCAAAAAGGAAAGAUUGUGGUAGGGAUAACUAACAUUUCUUCAUUGCUAAGUAUUGAAGAUAAUUUGAACGGUGCUUCAUUAGCUUCAACACUGGCUAGUGUAAUUGAAAAGUGUUCGCCAUUGAUUAUAAACGAAACUGGUGCAUUAGACACUCCUAUACCCAUCAGUGAUUCAAUGAAGCAUGAAAUUGUGACUUUAGAGAACGUAUACUCAUUGUGGAUCCCUGUUUAUAUGAAGGUUUCUAUUAAUGCUGAAAAUCCUGACAUAUCGACUGCAAGUUUUCAUAGUCGUGAGCUCUCUCAAUCAUCAGAGUGGAAAUCUAAUACUUUUUUCCAAGGAUUAAAAAAUAAUAUACAUAAAAAAAUUAAUAACCCCUAGAAAAAUUGAGUUAUGUAUAAGAAAAUAACAGUAAUUUUUUAGUCUCUAA